AUGGCAGAUGAUGAGGAGGAAAUAGAUGAAGAAGAGAAUACAAAUAAUCUAGGAUCGUAUGAAGGAGAACGAAAUGAGAAAAAUGAACGGCAUGGAUUUGGCAAAGCGAAACUGCCGAACGGAGAUACCUACGAGGGACAGUAUCAAAAUGGAAAACGCCAUGGUACCGGUACCUAUAGACAUGGGAAAGGUACCUUCAUUUAUCCGGAUGGAUCAAAAUAUGAAGGAGAAUGGAAUGAAAAUGUUCGCGAAGGAUACGGCAAAUAUUCGUAUCCAAAUAAUGAUACCUACGAAGGUGAAUGGAAAAAUCAUCAGAGAUCUGGAAAGGGAACAUACACGUACGCUGCAACAAAAGCUCAAUACACGGGCACAUGGAACAACGGGAAACGUCAAGGAAACGGUGAAAUGACAUUUGGCUCGUAUAAAUUUGUUGGAAAAUUUUAUGAAAACUAUAAUCCAGAUGAUGAUACAGAUGCACCACCUCAAAUACAAUAUCGAUGGAUAGCAAGAGAUGUAACAGCUAUCGAAAAUGAACAAGCAAACAUUGCUGAUGAAGAACAAGCGGAUUUAGAGAGAGUUCAAGAACAAGAUGCUCUUCAAAAACUAGACGUAAUUCCAGAUGUUAACAAUCCUAACACACAUUACAAUGCAGAUGUAGAAUUAUCUGACGGCAAUGAAGACACUGAAGUUGAUCGACAAUUUGCAGAAGAUAACGAUGGCGAACAACAAUAUGGUGAAGAAACAUGA